AUGAAGACCGAGGAGCAAACCACCGAAGAUGCGGCCCGACGGGCGCCGGCCACACGGCGACAGGAAAAACCACCCUUCUCCUACAUUGCCCUCAUCGUGAUGGCCAUACGCCACUCGCCAAACAAACGACUCACCCUCAGCGAGAUCUAUGCCUUCCUCCAACAGCAGUUCCCGUUCUUUCGCAGCUCCUACCAAGGUUGGAAGAACUCUGUCCGACACAACCUGAGUUUGAACGAGUGUUUUAUCAAAAUACCGAAAGGUUUGGGGAGGCCGGGGAAAGGUCAUUAUUGGACAAUACACCCGUCAUCGGAGUUCAUGUUUGAGGAGGGCUCGCUGCGUCGUCGCCCGCGGGGCUUUCGUCGCAAAUGUCAAGCGUUGAAGCCCCAGUACGGGGGUGGUGAAUACUUGUGUGGUGGUGGCGUGGCCGCGUUGCCACCGUCGCAGCCAUCAUACGACCUUGGGGGCGGGAGUGCUAGUGCAAACGCGACGGGAGCAAUUGAUUAUGGAGCGUGUGCGUACUCACAUGCGGGGAGCAGCCAGCAGCUGACUUAUGGAGGCGAGUACUGCUCCUAUGGGGGCAUGGGGGAUAGGGAAUGGCCGUUGGCGUACAGCGCGGUGGAGCCCGGCUACCGACCUUCGCCAGCUACGCCGCCGUCGCGCCAUGACCUACCCGAUCUGAUACCGAACUAUCAGUAUGCAGUAGCCAACGAUCAUGGUAUGCGAGGUGUCCAUAGUCAAAUGCUUCCGCCGAGCUCGCUGGCCGGGUCUUCAAUUGGCGGAGUGAUGACCUUCGGCCACCACCUGUCCUCGUCCCUGCCUGUGCUAAGUGACUGCAAGCCACCGACGCCUCUGUCUACCCUCCCACAGAGUUUCCAGGGUAUGAAAGCUAGAAGAGAAAAAAGACUACGUUAA